AUGGAUGUCAAAACCAGGGUUCGAAAAAUUGAGAUUUUGUGGAAUACGAUUGAGGAAUUGAUGAAAAAUAUAUUCUACAAAUGCCUUCGUACCACCAUUCAGAAAAUACUUAUAGAUGACAAAAUUGUAGUCCUUGGUGAUUCUAACGCAAGGAUACCGAAAAUUUGGGUCAACUCGCCCAUUGCUUCAGAUCACAGGCUCAUACCGUGCUCAAUGGCUGUCGCUGUUCCCUCACUGCUCCAUUUUGUUUUCAGACGUGUUCGAAACUACAAGAGGAUCAAUCGUAAUAUGUUCACUAGAGAUUCGCUGAAGGGAGCGUUAUCUGUGACGAUAGUGUAUAAUCACAAUGCGAUGUGGACAAGCUAUUUGAUUUAUACAACUCAACUCUCAGACAACUUAUUGAUCAGCACGUUUCAAUCGGAAACAAAAGAGUUCGUUUUAAAUCACGCAGUUGGUUUGAUGAAGAAUGCCAAAACGUCUAACUUUAUACUUGCAAGAGUACCUUUUGGAACUAAAUGGAGUGGAGAGGCCCAGGGAGAUAUAGAUUGUCUGAUGAUUCCGGCGUUUAGUAAAGACUGUCUCAGCCAAACUCAACAACAAAAAAAUGUUUUCAAAAUUAGAUUUGCUGAAAGUGAAAAUGAUGUUGAAAAAACGGCUGUAAUAAUACCAAUCGGACUUUUUGAAUACCUGUUCAUGUCAUUUGGUUGGUUUACGAAAUGCAGGAUGCACUUUUCAGAGGUUCAUGGCCUACUAUUUUUCAGUAGGGGAGACUGGGGUCGAAUGGACCAGACCAAAAGGAGGAUGAGGUCAAGAGCAUUAAACGCCAAAAAAGUUCGUCCGUAUCCAAAAGCUCCAGCUCGUCAGGUACGUAAAACUAAACGUAAGAAAUUAACUUCCAGAGUGUUAACCGACACCCCAGUUAAAGAAGAGCUUCGCGUGCAGCAAACUCGUGAAGAGAUAAAAAAACGUCCCAUCAUGAACAAAAGGAAAUUGCAACAAAAUAAAAAAAAUCAAAUAUCCGAAGAGAGCAACAGAGUAACAAAAAAAAAUAAAAUUAAAAGACAAUUAUAUGCUGAGAAGGACAUAUGCGUCAUGUGUGGUGAGGCUGGCCGAGACAACGAAAUGUGGUUUCGUUGCAGAAAUUGUGCCAAGUGGGCUCACGAGCUCUGCACGAGUGUUUCUAGUGCAGUUGAUUACAUUUGCGAAUUUUGCAUACAUGAAUAA